AUGUCGACCGCCGGGGCUACCGAUGCAGGUGUCUUAGACGGCCCCUCAGGUGUACAAGAAACACAGAAUGAGCCAUGGAGGUAUGUCGAUGAUCACCAGGCGACGAUAUCAUUCUCGCAAGUCGUGCCAGUCGAUGUACGGGUUAGGGAUCUCGAGGUCGGAGUCAAAGCUCAGGCAUCAAUAGGAGACUCUACGAAGAAGGCUCUACGUAUCUCAAAGAAGGGGAAGGAGUUGCAGGAGGGUCCAGGUAAAGUGGAUGCGGAAAAGGGCCUCGGUACUUCGAGCCAGCGCAAGAAGACUAUCAUCCAAGGCAUUUCUGCGGAUUUCCCUACUGGAACCUUGUCGGCAAUUAUUGGAGGCUCUGGCAGCGGGAAGACCACUAUGCUGAAUAUCCUGUCGCAUCGAAUGCGAGGUACCAAUCUACGCGUACAUGGCUCUGUUCUAUACAACGGCUCGCCCGAACUUUCGACCAUCACGAACGCAUACGUUACGCAGACAGAUGUGCUCCUUCCUACUUUGACUGUUCGAGAAACCCUCACGUACGCUGCCGAGCUGCGUUUGCCCUCCUCUGUGAACGCUUCGGAACGUCAACGGCUGGUCGAAGAGAUCAUCCUCGAACUCGGCUUGAAAGAGUGCGCAAAUACGGUCGUAGGCGAUGGAUACCGGCGCCGCGGGUGUUCUGGAGGUGAACGUCGCCGGGUCAGCAUUGGCGUUCAGAUGCUCGCGAACCCCUCCGUUCUAUGGCUUGACGAGCCUACUACGGGAUUGGAUGCCACGAGUGCGUACCAGCUCGUCAAUACGCUGAAGCAUUUGGCGAGCAAGGGUCGGACUAUCGUCACCACUAUUCACCAACCUCGAAGCGACAUCUUCUUUCUCUUCGACCGUCUCACGGUGCUGACAAGAGGACGUUGCACUUACUCUGGUCCUACCUCGGAGUGUUUGCCUUGGUUCGAGGUGCUGCUGCCCAAGGGUUUGAGAGAACAUGUUAAUCCAGCGGACUAUCUCAUUGACAUCUCCUCAGUAGAUACCCGCACACCCGCGGCAGAGCUCGAGACACAAGCCCAAGUCGAUCGUCUCAUCUCUGCAUGGGAGAUCCAAUCCGGGCAGACGUUCUCGUCAACCUCCACUCAAGGUCACGCAGAUUCUAGGUCUUCAUUGGUUUCCGCUCGGGGGACCCGGGUCAAACACUCCGCGCCAUUGUACCGCCAGAUUCGCGUGUUGACUUCGCGGACGAUCCUCACCACGUACAGAGAUCCUAUGGGGCUCAUGGCUUCUUGGGCUGAGGGUAUACUGAUGGGUCUGGUUGGCGGGCUGGUAUUCUUGCACUUACCGAAGACGUCGUCUGGCAUACGUUCUCGCGAGGGUGCAUUGUAUAUUAGCGCGUCACUUCAAGGUUACCUCUUCCUUUUGUUCGAAACCUACCGGAUAACGGGCGUCGACAUCAGUCUUUUUGACCGUGAAAGAGGCGAAGGUGUCGUCGGUGUAGUCGCUUGGUUGGUUAGUCGUCGUCUAGCCCGUGCUCUUUUGGAAGAUAUCCUUGUCCCAUUCGUCUUCUCAGUCAUCUUUUACUUCAUGUGCGGGUUCGAAGCGAACGCCCAGCAAUUCCUCACGUUCUUCGCUGUCGUCCUGGUCAACCACUUCAUCGCUGUUUCUCUCGCCACAUUCUGUGCGGCCGUAAGCAGGGACUUUUCAGUGGCGACUCUCGUUGGGAACCUGGUAUUCACGAUUCAGAGUUUUGCGUGUGGCUACUUCAUUCAAGCCGACACUAUGCCAGUAUAUGUGCGUUGGCUGAAGUAUUUGUCGUAUGUCUACUUCGCCUUCGGGGCUCUGGCUUCGAACGAAUUCACGGAUAGUUUCUACGACUGUCCGACUGGAGACCCUCGCACAGACCCCAACUGCAUAACCUACCGCGGCGAUUACAUCCUCUCCAGUCUCUCAUUCCACCAGAACUGGAAAACAGUUCCUAUCUGCGUCAUGGUUGCUUUUGCCGCCUUCUUCACCAUUGCUAGCAUGCUCCUGCUGAAAUAUUGGACGGUGGAUAUCCAUGUUUCGGCGCAACAAAAGUCGACGACGGCGGAAGAGGAACAGGCCGCUGCGAAGGAUAAGACGGAAAAGGAAUCGGAUCUGGAGGUGGAUGUGAGGCUUGUGAAGUAUGCGUUGGAGAUCUCGAAACCUGCGAUCUUUGGUUUUCGACGGAGUAGGAGGAUCAAUAUAUUGAAGGGUGUGAGCACGAUCUUCGAGGCUGGAAAGCUCAAUAUCAUCAUGGGCCCCUCCGGCAGUGGAAAAUCCUCCUUGCUGAACCUUAUGUCCCUCCGCCUCCGUUCUUCUCUCUCGACACGCUACCAAUCCGCUGGCACCAUGCUCUUCAACGGUAUUCCACCCGCCGACGCCGACAUCCGGUCCCUUGUCUCCUACGUCACGCAAGAUGACGCCGGACUCCUGUCGUACCUGACCGUUCGCGAGAUGUUGAGGUUCUCCGCCGGUUUGAGGUUACCGAAAGAGAUGAGCACGGAGGAGAAGUUGAGGAAGGCGGAGGAAGUGAUUCUGAAGUUUGGGCUGAGGGAUUGUGCGGAUAAUUUGAUUGGUGAUGAGAUUGUUAAGGGGAUUUCGGGUGGCGAGAAACGACGUGUCAGUAUCGCGAUUCAAGUUUUGACGGAGCCUUGCAUCCUGAUCCUUGAUGAGCCCACAUCCGGUCUGGACGCUUUCACCGCUGCAUCCAUCUUAGACGUCCUCAAAGCCCUCGCCGAAGAAGGCCGCACGGUUAUCUCGACCAUCCACCAAGGGCGCUCCGACCUCUUCGCCUACUUCGGAAACGUCCUCCUCCUCGCCAAGGGUGGCGAAGUCGCAUACUCCGGCACCGCACAGGAUAUGUUGCCCCACUUUGCCAAGUUGGGCUAUACGUGCGCCCCGGAGAUGAACCCGGCUGAUUUCGCGCUCGAUUUGGUGUCGGUGGAUUUGAGGGAGGCGCAUAGGGAGGAAGUGAGUCGCAAGAAGGUCAAGAGGUUGACGGCGCAGUUUGACGUGGCGAACGAGAAGGGACAAGAUGAAGUUGUGGCGCGUACCUCGGCGGAGGUGGGGACGAGGAGACAAUCGCAACUGGUCUCGGCGGAGUUGACGAAGAUGAGGAGGGAUAUGGCCCCGUUCUAUGUGGCUUAUCCUAUUCUGCUCCGAAGAGGACUGCUCGGGUUUUAUCGUCGACCGGAUUUGAUGGCUGGAAGGUUGGGGCAGGUGCUGGGAUUGGCGAUCAUCAUUGCUGUGUUCUUCGCUCCGCUUGGGGACGAUUACUUCAGUGUUCAGAACCGGUUGGGAUGUAUACAAGAGAUAUUGCCGGUGUACUUCGUCGGGAUGUUGCAGAACGUGGCGCUAUAUCCGUCUGAGAGGGAUGUUUUCUACCGGGAGCACGAUGAUCGUGCAUACACCGUGGAGGCUUUCUUCAUGUCAUACCUGACGCUCGAACUUCCACUAGAGAUAGUUGCCUGCCUGAUGUUCUCUAGUCUCGUAGCCAUCGCAGUAGACCUUCGUCGCACGAGCAUCGGUAUCAUAUUUAAUACCGUAUUCAGCUCUAGUACUGGCUUCGCCCUCAAUAUCACGAGCACAGUGCUUAGCAUUGGCACUUUUAUGGCCGGUCUCGUCAGCAUCGAUAUGCCCGGCUUCCUCAGAGCCCUCAACUAUCUCUCUCCUCUGAAAUACGCCGCAGCGAAUCUCGUGGUAUACACCUUCCACGGAUUCAACUUCACAUGCACGGAUGCACAGCGUCUGGCAGAUGGUUCCUGCCCGAUCAAUACUGGCGAUGAAGUUCUCGAGUUGUAUGGCUAUGGGAGCACGAAUCCGGGACGGAAUCUAGCGUAUUUGGUGGUGACAACCGUGAUUUAUAGAUUUCUGGCAUACGCGCUGUUGAGGGUGACGAGGAUGCAUUUGGGGAUUGGACGGAAGAGGGCUUCGUAA